UGUCUUCACGUCGAGCUUCGUCUUCCCUCUCUCUCCCCCCCUCCCUCCUCUGUAAAGCAACCAUGGUAGCGCGUGGUCUUUCGCUCCUCUGAGGUAGGCGGGCGAAGUCUCUAUACGGUUCCACAAUCUUCGUCCAUUUCUUCAGUGAACUCUACUGAGGUGACAAUGGUUGUAGAAGCCCUCGAAGUUGACAGCCUCACAAAUGGUGAGGACCAGACAAGAAGCGAGAACCCAACUCAAGGUUCAAAGCGAAGACACGGUAACAGUGAUGUUGCGGUAACUUGUUGUACUGAAGGAAACUCUGGAGAUGAAUGUAGCAGUGGAGACAUGGAUUGGAACCCUGGCUUUUCAUCUAAAAAGGCUAGGGUUUCAAGGGAAAUGACAUUCGAGGAUAUUUACAAUGAAGAUGGCUUGCUGGUUGAUGACGACGAGGAUGAUAGCGACUGGGAGCCUGUGGAGAAGCCUGUGGAGGUUCUGAAGUGGUGCUGUACCAAUUGCACUAUGGCAAACCCUGGCAGUAUUGUCCACUGUUAUAUAUGUGGUGAGCAUAAGGAAUCUGGCAUUCUGAGGCAUGGAUAUUUUUCAUCUCCUUUUCUAAAAGAUUCGGGUCUUGCCGAGGUCGAAUCAGCACUUGAAGAGAAAUAUGGAGGGCUAGGGAGCUCUUCCGCCAGAAGUUCAACGGCAGUGGGGUUCGACGAGAGAAUGUUGCUGCACUCAGAAUUUGAAAUGAAGGCUCAUCCACAUCCUGAGAGACCUGACCGUCUCCGAGCUAUAACUGCUAGUCUUGCUACAGCUGGCAUUUUUCCUGGAAGAUGCUUCCCUAUUGCUGCUAGGGAAAUCACGAAAGAAGAACUCCGAAUGGUUCACACUUCAGAGCAUGUUGAAGCAGUUGAUCUUACAAGCCAGCUUCUCUAUAGCUAUUUCACCCCUGACACAUAUGCUAAUGAGUAUUCAGCACGUGCUGCAAGGCUUGCAGCAGGUUUAAGUGCCGAUCUAGCAUCAGAAAUUUUUUCUGGCCAUGUCAAAAAUGGUUUUGCAUUGGUUCGUCCUCCUGGGCAUCAUGCUGGCAUCAGACAUGCUAUGGGGUUUUGCCUUCACAAUAAUGCAGCUGUUGCUGUGUUAGCAGCUCAGGCUGCAGGGGCGAAGAAGGUGCUGAUUCUUGAUUGGGAUGUCCAUCAUGGAAAUGGAACCCAAGAGAUAUUCGAGCAGAACAAAUCUGUCUUGUAUAUAUCCUUGCACAGACACGAGGGAGGAAACUUCUAUCCUGGUACAGGAGCUGCUGAUGAGGUUGGUACAAGUGGUGCUGAAGGCUAUUGUGUCAAUAUUCCUUGGAGUCGUGGUGGAGUUGGUGACAACGACUAUAUCUUUGCAUUUCAGCAGAUCGUGCUCCCUAUAGCUUCUGAAUUCUCUCCCGAUUUUGUCAUCAUAUCUGCGGGUUUUGAUGCUGCAAGAGGCGAUCCUCUAGGAUGCUGCGAUGUGACUCCUGCUGGUUAUUCCCAGAUGACCCGGAUGCUAGCUGAUCUCUGUGGUGGAAAACUACUUGUCAUUCUUGAGGGAGGGUAUAAUCUCCGUUCAAUAUCUUCUUCAGCAACUGCUGUAAUCAAGGUGCUUCUGGGGGAAACUCUUGGAUGUGAUUUGCCUGUGAACACCAUUCCUUCAAGAGCGGGUCUGCGAGCUGUUCUUGAUGUGCUGAAGAUUCAAAUGAAUUUCUGGGCGUCUCUGGCUACCAAGCAUUCUACUUUACUUUCAGAAUGGGAAGCAUAUCUGCCCAAGGACAAAAAAAAUCGGACGAGAAAGAGACUCGGGGCACCCUUAUGGUGGAAAUGUGGACGAAAAAGGCUUCUGUACAACUUAUUCUCUGGCCGCCUGACUAUAAAAUCAAGGAGAUGUUAGAAAAGCUUUUGACCAAAAGACUAUAUUCGUAGCGGGUCUUUAUGUAAUGUAAGUAUUCUAAUCACUAGCAGCAGGGCUAGCAAUGUACUUCUAAGAACACUAGAAUACUUGAAUUGCUCAUCUCUAAUCAUAGUUUUGCAUCU